UUGAGCUGGUGGCUAGAGGCGCCGAGGAAAACACCCGCCUAGCACCAGCUCCAGGCCGCACUUCCGCUUCCGCCCGGCGGGGUCACGUGGCGAGGCCGCCAUCGCGGCCGUCAGCACUGUGGGCAAGCCGUCCUGACCUAUCGUUCUUCUCUUGGCCCUUACUCGGGCUUCGCGUCCUCCUGGGUGGGCCUGCCCCUGAUACCUGUCCUGUACGGCGGCCAGACUUGCUGCCUUUCUGACUCCUCCGGCGUUGGGUGUCGCAUGGGGCGGGACAUGGGUGACCGGAAGUGGGAGCCAUGAGCAUCUCCUGGAGCGCAGAUGCUGGAGGCGUUGGCUGGACCACCGCUACGCACGCAUGGAGAGCGCUGGGCGUCGAGCUGCGUACCGACAUCUAACCUGGGCACCUGGGCUCUGUGGGGCAGGGUCUUUGCAGAACCUACCGCCCUCCAGGGGGACGGGAACAUGACUCUAGAUCGGGAGCCCGCCGCGGGCAAGGCGCGCGGCUCCCGGGCCUUCCCUAAGGGCCUGUGAAUCCGUGGAACUCCGAGACUUGCUUGUGUCAGUGGCAGCAUGGUCUUCUGUUUGGAAAGCAAGAUGCCUCACCGCCUGCUGCGAAGCACCAUGGCCCACUUCCAAGCCUCGGAAGUCCAGCAGCUGCUACACAACAAGUUCGUGGUCAUUUUGGGGGACUCCAUCCAAAGAGCUGUGUAUAAGGACCUGGUGCUUCUGCUCCAGAAAGACACACUGCUCACAGCUUCCCAGUUAAAAGCCAAGGGGGAGCUGAGCUUUGAACAGGAUCAGCUGGUAGCUGGGGGCCAGCUGGGCGAACUGCACAACGGGACACAGUACCGAGAGGUCCGCCAGUUCUGCUCUGGUUCUGGCCACCACCUUGUGCGCUUCUACUUCCUCACCCGUGUUUACUCCGAGUACCUUGAGGACGUCUUGAAGGAGCUGUCAUAUGGACCUGCCCCUGACCUAGUGAUCAUCAACUCCUGCCUCUGGGAUCUCUCCAGAUAUGGCCGCUGCUCAAUGGAGAGCUACAGGGAGAACUUGGAACGAGUGUUUGUACGAAUGGACCAGGUUUUGCCAGACUCUUGUCUGCUGGUGUGGAAUAUGGCAAUGCCUUUAGGGGAACGUGUCACUGGGGGUUUCCUUCUGCCAGAGCUCCAGCCCCUGGCAGUCUCUCUGCGACAGGAUGUGGUUGAGGGGAACUUCUACAGUGCUACACUUGCUGGGAACCACUGUUUCGACGUCCUAGAUCUCCACUUUCAUUUCCGGCAUGCUGUACAUCACCGCCAUCGAGAUGGUGUCCAUUGGGACCAGCAUGCACACCGCCACCUCUCAUACUUACUUCUGACCCACGUGGCUGAUGCCUGGGGUGUGGAGCUACCCAAACCUGACCAUCUCCCAGACCCAUGGACUGAGGACUGGCCAGAGAUGGAUCAUUCAUUCCAGGGAAGCCAUAAGCAGCCCACAGACUUCAGGGAGAAGCUGGCCUUGCCCCUGCUCCCACCUUUCCAUUUGCCUCCCCCCAUGUCUUUUCCUUACCCACUUCUUCAGCCCUCGCCACCUCCCUUGUUCCCACCCCUGCCCCAGGAUGUCCCAUUUUUCCAAGGUCAGCCCUUUCCACCCUAUGAAGUCUUCAAAUACAAUGCCAUGGAGGACUUCUUGGUGCCAGGAUGUGGCCCUGGAAUGACCUUUGUGCCUGGCCCCCUGCUACCAUCAGUCUCUGGCCCUGUCUCCCAUGGUCAACACCGGGGCCCAGUGGUCCACCGGGGCAAGCCACGUUGUGUUCCGAAUGGCCCCUACCAUGUACCAAGGAUCGGGGGUCCAUAUAGGCAGCGACUCAGACACUCAGACAAACUAAUCCACACAUAUAAACAGGACAGAAGGGGGCAUGCCCAUUCGGGAACAUGGCCUGGGUAGGCAGGAUCUCAGGUUGGGGCUAGAGGUGCCAAUGGCCCUGGAGGGUCUGCCUCAUACCCUAGCUGUUGGGCUGAGUGUUCUUGUCCAUUGCUGAUAUCAAUAAAAGCAUGGAAGGACA